AUGCUGGAUGUGCCCGAGGAGGAGAUGGAUAACCCCACAUUUAAAAGUGACACGGUGCUUUCUGAUGUUCACUUACACUGUCCAAGCAAAAGACAUCUCAUGGUACGCUUGAAUGCAGUUGGACAACCAGUAUUCUUGUCGUAUUUCAAACUCCUUUGGAACACAGAAGAUUCAGCAUCUGAGAAACGUGUGGGAGAAGCUACAAGAGAAAGAGAACACCAGUGCAGAAGUGGAGAAGAACUGUGUGACAAGGACAGGAAUCAUCUAAAAAAAGAAAGUGAAUUAAAUAGUGAAGGAGUACAAGCUCUGCUAGAUGAUGAUGGAGACUUGGAAGUGGUCAGAAGACCUCGGAGCGCCUCUGAUUUAGAAGCAGAGGAGCUUUUGAGGCAUAGAGUGUGUCCUGUCAUCCUGAUGAGAGGGACAGAAGAUGCUUUCGAAGAUGAAGAACAAGAAUGCACUGGCACUGUUGUUAAAAUAGAACAUACUAUGGCAACCCCCUUAGAAGAUGUCGGAAAACAAGUCUGGCGUGCAGCCUUUCUCCUUGCUGACUACAUUCUGUUUAGUCGGGACACAUUCCGGUGCUGCUCGGUGCUGGAGCUCGGAGGUGGCACUGGGAUUACAAGUGUUAUCAUGGGAACAGUUGCCAAGAGAGUUUAUUGCACAGAUGUUGGUGAAGAUCUUCUGGCCAUGUGUGAGCAAAAUGUUGCAUUAAACAAACACCUGAUGGAGCCAGGAA